AUGGCGAAAAGUGUCCGCGCAAGCGUUUCCAAGCGCAACAGAGCCAACCUCCGCAAGACGGUGUUCGGCCCCAUUGUCGAUGCCCGCACUGAGCGACUGGCUGCAAAGCUGCAGGAAAUCGCCUCGCAGCCCAAGCCCGAGGCCCCUAAGAAGAAAGAAAUGGACAUCGAGGCGGAUGAGACUGCCGAUCAAAACGAUGCCGAGAAAGCCACUCCUGUCGGCGAGGAGAUGGACAUCGACAACAAGUCCACCAAGACUCGAUCUGCAAAGUCCGGGCGGGUGCAGAAGCAGCCUCGCAACCGAAAGACUCGCCCCUCCAUCGUCUUCUCGAAGCCUGUAUCCAAGAACAAGAAGGGUGGCCCUAAGAGGAAGUAA